ACAUAAUAAAACUACACACAUUAUAUACACGUAUUUAUUAAAAUGAUAAUUCUAUAUAUAUAUUUAUACUAUAUUUUUUUAAAUAUUUAAAUAAUAUAAUAAAAUAAUAAUAAUAAUAAUAAUAAAAUAAUAAUAAAUUAUUUAAUUGCAUAUUUACUUAUUUUCAAUUUCUAAUAACAUUAAGUAUUAUGUAAAUAUAUUAUAAAUAUAUAUAUUAUAAUAUAUUAUAAAUAUUUAUACUAUUGAUAUUUAUUUUGGAAAGUUUUGAAAAAUGCACAUUUUAAUUCUAAGAAAAUAAAAUAAAUAAUCAAAAAAUAAAUAAAUAAAUAUAAUAAUUUUAAACAAAUAAUUUUAAUUAUAAUAAAUAAUUGGGUAUUUAUGAAUAUUUUAUAUGUUAAAGGUGAAGAAGAAAAAAUAACAGAAGGAAAUAAACAGAAAAUUUUUAUUUGAAAAAAAAAUAUGUCAUUGAUAUUAUAGUUAAACGAAAAAUUUAAUGAUAUAAAUUUGACGAAUUCAUUAAAUAUAUUUUUAUUUGUAUCUAUGAAUUUUUGUAUUGUUUUUAUCGAUAUUUAUAAAUUACGAUGAAAAAAUCACAAAAAUCUCGUGAUUUUGAAUUAGCUUAUGAAUUACAACAACAAGAUUAUUGUUUUGGAUUAACAGAAAAUGCAGUUUUACCAAAAAGUAAAAAUGAAGAAAAUUAUAAACCAAGAACUUUAAUUGAUCAAACUUUAGAGUUAAUUGAUCCAACACCUAAUAUUCAUACAUUGUUUAUGCAAUUUAAUGAACGUUUUUUCUGGAAUGUUUUACUUUCUGUAGAAGUUAAAUGGAGUCCUAGAAUGACAAGCUGUGCAGGUAUAUGCACUUUUCAUCCUCGAAAUCGACAAUGUGUAAUUUCACUUAGUGCACCAUUAUUAAAACUUAGACCCAGAAAAGAUCUAGUUGAAACUUUACUGCAUGAAAUGAUUCAUGGCUAUUUGUUUCUUACAAACAAUAAUCGUGACAGAGAUGGACAUGGUCCAGAAUUUUGCAAACAUAUGGACAGAAUAAAUAGAAUAGCUGGGACAAAAAUAACUAUAUACCACAAUUUUCAUGAUGAAGUUAAAUUAUAUCAACAACAUUGGUGGAGAUGUAAUGGUCCUUGUCAGAAAAGAGCUCCAUAUUUUGGAACAGUACGGAGAGCUAUGAAUCGUGCACCAGGUCCAACUGAUUUUUGGUGGAAAGAACAUCAACAAACUUGUGGUGGUCAAUUUAUUAAAAUUAAAGAACCAGAAAAUUUUAAAGCAAAAUCUUCAAGUAAUAAACAAAAGAUAAAAUCUAAAAAUGAUAACUUAUCAAAUAAUAUGUAUAAUUGGCUUUCAAAAAGUUCUCCAUCUACAAAACCAUUAUCUACAUCCAUUCUUAAUAUUAAGUCAAAUAUAAAUAAUCAAAAUUAUACAAAUGGAUUUCAAAAACUUGGAAAUACUACAAAUAAUGUUCAUGGUUGGGGUAUAGGAGGUCCAAACAGUUCAAAUAAUUCACAAAAACAUAAUACUCCUAGUAGUAAUACAAUUUCUAAUACACCUAAAUUUUCAUCUUCUGGAAUGGUUGGUGGUUCUAAUACAGGACAAAGUAAUUUAUUGAAUAAAUUAUAUAAUAUUGAUCAUAAUAAAGAUAUGAAUAAAAAUACUGCAUUAAAACAGACAAUAAAUUCACCAAUUAAUACCAUAAGAAUUGAAAAAUCUAUUGCAAAUAUUCAAUCAUUAAAUGAAAUACAAAAACUUGUAAAAUGUCCAAUAUGCAAUCAUUUUAUAUUAAAUAAUAAAAUAAAUGAACAUAUAGAUUUUUGUCUAAUAACAACAAAUAAAAAAAUGAUAGAUAAAAAUGAUAAAAAAAUUACAAUAAAGAAUUAUGAUAAUGAUAAUUUUACAAAAUCUGAAAUAAGAUCAAAUAAUUCUCCAUUUGCACAAAAAAGAAAAGAUGAUUCAAUUAUAUUUUCAAAUAAACAACCAAAAUUAGAUGAAAUACAAAAUUUUAGAAAAACAAAUUGUCCUAUUUGUACCAAGAGUUUUGAUUUUAUAAAUAUAAAUGAACAUAUUGAUAAAUGUUUAAAAACAGAUAAACAAAAUGAUAAUUUAAUUAUAUUAGAUGAUAUUGAAAGUAAUAGAAAUAUAAAUGAAAGUAUAAUUUCUAUUAGUAGUACAUCUAGUGAUGAUUUAUCAAUUAUCGAAAAUAUUGAUCAUAAUACAAAAUUUAAAGAAAAUGUAACUGAUAUUAUGUCACAUAAUUGUUUAGUUUGUAAUGAAUUUAUUCCUAUUGGAGUAUCUUUAAGUAAUCAUUUAGAAGAUUGUAUUGGAAAUGUAUUUAAUGAUGAUUCAUUUUUAUCGGUUGAUUACGAUAAUAACAAAGCAUCGAAUGUAAUUUCAGAAAUAUCAAUUGAACAAUCUAAGUAUCCUUGUCCUGUUUGUAUGCAAUUAAUAAUAGAAUCUCAAAUGAAUCAACAUUUAGAUAUAUGUCUUACAAUUGCAUGAAUAAAAUAAGUUCUAUAUUAAAUAAUAAAAAUAAAAUAAUAAUAUAUUAAAAUAUAGUAAAAAGUAUUGAGUAAUUUGAAUUUUGUUAUAAUAUGUAUUAUAAAUAUUAAAAUUAUAUUAAUUUUCCUUUUAUUAUAUUUAUGUUUUGUACUAUUUAUUUAUUGAAUAAAUUUUCUAUAAAAUAA